AUGAAAACACUCCAAAAUAAAAGAAUACAAAACAGCCCAGUACUACCUUUUUCAACUCCAUCGCCGUCUGAGGUGAACGUUUCACGCAAAGAAUCCACAACCAUCUCCCACUCAAAUGAGACAGAAUGGCAAAACAAACGCAGUAAAAACAUAUCUUCAUUGGAUAAUCAAAUUUUUCACCAGAAUAACUUGAGAGAAACAGCCAAAAGAGAAACGUCCUCUUCACUCACAACUCAACAUCUCCGAAGCAGACGUGAAAUUGAUUCGAAAUCUGAGUAUACUCAGGAAGAUCUAUUAAUAUGCAAUGAUUCAAUCAUCAAUAUAAAAUACGAUGAUGAAUACAAAGUUCGAACUGACUUUUCAAUAUUCUUUAAGAACAAGGUGUACGAUUAUUCUGAAUAUCGAGUUCUGAAUGAUGGCCUAAAGAUUUGUAAUUCCACUGAUAACUACGUAAGGAAUAUUUGGAAAGUACGCAAUAAAUGGGUAAAGGCGAGAAUGCAUGAGAAAAGUUGCAAUAAACCCAUUAGAGAGUCUUGGUUUUACCGAACGUAUUACAGUGUGAAUAAGCAGUUCACUGUCUAUCUCACACGUAGGAGUCAAUAUUUCACAAGAAAUGACUAUGGGGUAAAAGACGGUAAACUUUAUAUAUGCGAUGAAAAGUUCAAACCCGAAUCAACAGAGUAUACCCAGGAAGAUCUAUUAAUGUGCAACGAUUCGAUCAUCAAUAUAAACUACAAUGAUGAAUACAAAGUUGGCACUGACUUUUCAAUACUCUAUAAGAACAAGGUGUACGAUUAUACUGAGUAUCGAGUUCUAAAUGAUAGCAUAAAGAUUUGCAACUCCACUGAUAACUACGUAAGGAAUAUUUGGAAACUACGCAAUAAAUGGGUAAAAGCGAGAAUGCCUCAAAAAAGUUGCAAUAAACCCAUUAGAGAGUCUUGGCUUUACCGAAGCUAUUACAGUGUGAAUAAGCAGUUCACUGUGUACUUGGAACGUCGUGGUCAAUAUUUCACAAGAAAUGACUAUGCGGUGAAAUACGCUCAACUUUAUAUAUGCGAAGAAAAGUUAAAAUCCAUAUCAACAGAGUAUACCCAGGAAGAUCUAUUAAUGUGCAACGAGUUAAUCAUCAAUAUAAAAUACGAUGAUGAAUUCAAACUUCGGACUGACUUUUCAAUACUCUAUAAGAACAAGGUGUACGAUUAUACUGAGUAUCGAGUUCUGAAUGAUGGCAUAAAGAUUUGUAACUCCACUGAUAACUACGCAAAGAAUAUUUGGAAAGCACGCAAUAAAUGGGUAAAGGCGAGAAUGCAUCAGAAAAGUUGCAAUAAACCCAUUAGAGAGUCUUGGUUGUACCAAAGCUAUUACACUGUGAAUAAGCAGUUCACUGUGUAUUUGGAACGUCGUGGUCAAUAUUUCACAAGAAAUGACUAUGGGGUGAAAUACGCUCAACUUUAUAUAUGCGAAGAAAAGUUAAGAUCCAUAUCAAUAGAGUAUACCCAGGAAGAUCUAUUAAUGUGCAACCAUUCAAUCGUCAAUAUAAAAUACGAUGAUGAAUACAAAGUUCGGACUGACUUUUCAAUACUCUAUAAGAACAAGGUGUACGAUUAUACUGAGCAUCGAGUUCUGAAUGAUACCAUAAAGAUUUGCAACUCCACUGACAACUACGUAAAGAAUAUUUGGAAAGUACGUAAUAAGUGGGUAAAGGCGAGAAUGCAUCAGAAAAGUUGCAAUAAACCCAUUAGAGAGUCUUGGUUGUACCAAAGCUAUUACACUGUGAAUAAGCAAUUCACUGUGUAUUUGGAACGUCGUGGUCAAUAUUUCACAAGAAAUGACUAUGGGGUGAAAGACGGCCAACUUUAUAUAUGUGAAGAAAAGUUGAAACCCGAAUCAACAGAGUAUACCCAGGAAGAUCUAUUAGUGUGCAAUGAUUCAAUCAUCAAUAUCAAAUACGAUGAUGAAUACAAAGUUUGGACUGACUUUUCAAUACUCUAUAAGACCAAGGUGUACAAUUAUACUGAGUAUCGAGUUCUGAAUGAUGGCAUACAGAUUUGUAACUCCACUGAUAAAUACGUAAGGAAUAUUUGGAAAGUACGCAAUAAAUGGGUAAAGUUGACAAUGCAUCAAAAAAGUUGCAAUAAACCCAUUACAACCUUUUGGUUGAACCGAAAGUAUUACACUGUGCAUAAGCAGUUCACUCUCUAUGACGCAUCAAAGAGUCAAAAUUUCACAAGAAAUAGCUAUGGGGUGCACGACGGUAUACCUUAUAUAUGCCAAGAAAAGUUCAAACCCACAUCAACAGAGUAUACCCAGGAAGAUCUGUUAAUGUGCACUGAUUCAAUCAUCAAUAUAAAAUACGAUGAUGAAUACAAAGUUCGGACUGACUUUUCAAUACUCUAUAGGAACAAGGUGCAAAAUUAUACUGAGUAUCGAGUUUUGAAUGAUGGCAUAAAGAUUUGUAACUCCACUGAUAGCUACGAACGGAAUAUUUGGAAAGUACGCAAUAAAUGGGUAAAGGGGACAAUGCAUGAAAAAAGUUGCAAUAAACCCAUUACAAACAUUUGGUUGUACCGAGAGUAUUAUAUUGUGAAUAAGCAGUUCACUGUCUAUGACGCACCUGCGAGUCAAUACUUCACAAUAAAUGACUAUGGGGUGAAAGACGGUAGACCUUAUAUAUGCCAAGAAAAGUUCAAACCCACAUCAAGAGAGUAUACCCAGAAAGAUCUAUUAAUGUGCAACGAUUCAAUCGUCAAUAUAAAACACGAUGAUGAAUACAAAGUUCGGACUGAUUUUUCAAUAUUUUAUAAGAACAUGGUGUACAAUUAUACUGAGUAUCGAGUUCUGAAUGAUGGCAUAAAGAUUUGUAACUCCAUUGAUAACUACGUAAAGAAUAUUUGGAAAGUACGCAAUAAAUGGCUAGAGGCGAGAAUGCAUGAAAAAAGUUGCAAUAAACCCAUUAGAACCUCUCGGUUGCACCGAAAGAAUUACGCUGUGAAUAAGGAGUUCACUGUCUAUGACGCACCAAAGAGUCAAUAUUUCACAAGAAAUGACUAUGGCGUGACAGACGGUAGACCUUAUAUAUGCAAAGAAAAGUUAAGAUCCACAUCAAGACAGUAUACCCAGGAAGAUCUAUUAAUGUGCAACGAUUCAAUCAUCAAUAUAAAAUACGAUGAUGAAUACAAAGUUGGAACUGACUUUUCAAUAUUCUAUAAGAACAAGGUGUACAAUUAUACUGAGUAUCGAGUUAUGAAUGAUAGCAUAAAGAUUUGCAACUCCACUGAUAACAACGUAAGGAAUAUUUGGCAAGUACGCAAUAAAUGGCUAAUGGCGACAGGGCAUGAAAAAAAUUGCAACAAAUCCAAAUUCAUUUUGUUUUCUCGAAAGUAUUACAGUGUGAAUAAGCAGUUCACUGUCUAUUUGGGACGUAGUGGUCAAUAUUUCGCAAGAAAUGACUAUGGGGUGAAAGACGGCCAACUUGAUAUAUGCCAAGAAAAGUUCAAACCCGAAUCAACAGAGUAUACCCAGGAAGAUCUAUUGAUGUGCAAUGAUUCAAUCAUCAAUAAUAUAAAAUACGAUGAUGAAUACAAAGUUCGGACUGACUUUUCAAUACUCUAUAAGAACAAGGUGUACGAUUAUACUGAGUAUCGAGUUCUGAAUGAUAGCAUAAAGAUUUGUAACUCCACCGAUAGCUAUGUAAGGAAUAUUUGGAAAGUACGCAAUAAGUGGGUAAAGUUGACAAUGCAUCAAAAAAGUUGCAAUAAACCCAUUAGAACCGUUUGGUUGUACCGAAAGUAUUACAUUGUGAAUAAGCAGUUCACUCUCUAUGACGCAGGUACGAGUCAAAAGUUCACAAGAAAUGACUAUGGGGUGCACGACGGUAAACCUUAUAUUUGCCAAGAAAAGUUCAGACCCACAUCAACAGAGUAUAUCCAGGAAGAUAUAUUAAUGUGCAAUGAUUCAAUCAUAAAUAUAAAUUACGAUGAUAAAUACAAAGUUCGGACUGACUUUUCAAUACUCUAUAAGAACAAGGUGUACGGUUAUACUGAGUAUCGAGUUCUGAAUGAUGGCGUAAAGAUUUGUAACUCCAUUGAUAACUACGUAAGGAAUAUUUGGAAAAUACGCAAUAAAUGGCUAGAGGCGAGAAUGCAUGAAAAAAGUUGUAAUGAACCCAUUAGAACCUUUUGGUUGCACCGAAAGUAUUACAUUGUGAAUAAGCAGUUCAUUGUCUAUGACGCACCAAAGAGUCAAUAUUUCACAAGAAAUGACUAUGGGGUAGACGACGGUAAACCUUAUAUAUGCAAAGAAAAGUUAAGAUCCACAUCAACUGAGUAUACCCAGGAAGAUCUAUUGAUGUGCAACGAUUCAAUUAUCAAUAUAAAAUGCGAUGACGACUAUGAAGUUCGGACUGACUUUUCAAUACUCUAUAAGAACAAGGUGUAUAAUUAUACUGAGUACCGUGUUCUGAAUGAUAGCAUAAAGAUUUGCAACUCCACUGAUAAAUACGUAAGGAAUAUUUGCAAAGCACGCAAUAAAUGGGUGAAGGAGACAAUGCAUGAAAAAAGUUGCAGUAAACCCAUUAAAACCUUUUGGUUUAACCGAAAGUAUUACACUGUGAAUAAGCAGUUCACUGUCUAUCUCGCAGCUAGGAGUCAAUAUUUCACGGGAAAUGACUAUGGGGUGAUAGACGGUAGACCUUAUAUAUGCAAAGAAAAGUUCAAACCCACAUCAACAGAGUAUACCCAUGAAGAUCUAUUAUUGUGCAACGAUUCAAUCAUCAAUAUAAAAUACGAUGAUGAAUACAAAGUCCGUACUGACUUUUCAAUACUCUACAAGAACAAGGUAUACGAUUUUUCAGAGUAUCGUGUUCUGAAUGAUGGCAUAAAGAUUUGUAACUGCACUGAUAACUACGUACGGAAUAUUUGGAAACUACGUAAUGACUGGGUAAAGGGGACAAUUAAUAGAAAAAGUUGCAAUAAGCCCAUUACAUAUAUUCAGUUCGACCGAUGGGAAUACACUGUGCUUCAGAAUUUUGGAAUUCUGAUUUCGGCAACAAAGCAGCUGAUAACAAAGUACGAUUAUGCUGUGUUUGAAGGUAAACUUAUAAUAUGUGUGACCGAAUGCGCCAAUUUUACCUUUACUAUAAAGCAUGAAAAUGAAUACAGAGUAUGGAACAAUUUCUCAAUGAUGUACCAAGGUCGAAUGUACUCUUAUGAUGAGUACAGAAUAACGGACGAUGGUCUACAAGUUUGUAAUUCUUCUGACCGUCUCAUUAAAGAAAAAUGGCGGAAUUUCAUUGUUUCGGAAAAGAUAACGACAGCUUUCAAACAUUGUAAUGUAUCUGUGGACGGUUUUUACUCCGAAAAUUACACAUUAGAUACAAACUUUACUGUUCUCUUCAAACCUACCAAUCAAAAUUUCACAAGGCAAGAUUACGGAGUGAUUAUGGAGAAUUUUGCAAUUUGUUCAAGAAGGCUCCGAUUGUCAUGCAAUGAUGAUUUGGUCAAAGUAAAGUACGAUGAACAAUACAAUGUGUUUAAAAACUUUUCGCUGGUUUCCAACAAGAAGAUGUACGAUUAUCGCGAAUAUCGAUUAAGCCACGACAGCCUUGAAAUGUGUGAUUCCAAUGAUUCAAGAGUUCAGGCGAUUUGGAGAACGCGGAAUUCGUGGCAAAAGUCAUUACCCGCAUCAUGUUAUCGUUCUUAUAAAUUAAAUGCAAGAUACUACACUGUGACAAAGCAGUUUGCUGUGUAUUCGGCAGAUAACGGUCAAUAUUUCAAAAGAAAUGACUAUGCGGUGCUAGACGGUAAACCUUAUGUAUGCGGCAAAGAAAACUUAAGUCCUAUUUACGUAAUUACAAACUUUAAGAUUAUUAUAGCACCGUUAUGUGCUUUAGCGCUUUCUAUUAUUUCUUUGCUAUUGUUGUUGAUAGUUUACUGCAUGCUUCCAGAACUGCGCACACUUCCUGGUUUGAAUUUAAUGAGUUUUAGCUUCGCCAUGCUGUUGUGGCAGACUUACCUUGUAGUAUUUUUGUCACUGUAUUCUCAUGUAGGAAAACUGUUUGAGAUACCGUGUGCUAGGCUGUUUGUAGCAAAUAAGUUUAUGACGUAUAGUAUAAUUAUGAAUGCUGCGGUUAAUAUCUACCACUUAAGGAACACAUUUUGUGGGAAUAUUCUAGUGAAAUCUGAUGAACAGAAGAAGUGGAACAGGUUUUUGAAGUAUAGUUUCUUUAGCUGGGGAGUUCCUGUUAUUAUAACGAUUGUUUACAUUGUGCUAGCAAAGGAAGAUGUUCUAAGGUUUGAUCAAAAUAUAGCGUCUAUGUCGACAAAAAACGACGUUCAAUCGAGCUUAAGAUUUUAUCGACGCAAUGCGAAUGGAGACGCGACGGCAAAUAAUAUGGGGAUUUAUCACCGUAUUGCUUCCUUGAGGGGAAAUGCCCUGCAGUCAAAGUGGACGUUAAAUCAAAGCACUGACACUGUACUUGAAGAUGCCCAGACGAGAUUAAAUCAAAGCACUGACACUGUACUUGAAGAUGCCCAGACGAGGUUUAAUCAAAGCACUGUACUUGGGAAGGAAGAUGCAACGGAAGAUGAUGCAAGGAUUUAUCAACCUAUUGUAUCUUUGAAGAAAGAUGUUCAGUCACGCUUAAAGUUUUAUGAACGCAUUGUAUUCGCGAAUGGAGAUGGGAAGGAAGAUGAUGCAAGGAUUUAUCAACAGAUCUCUGGAGAUUGUAUCAAUGGUCGAAUUACUCCCGAUUGGUCAGCCGAUGUUGAUGUAUAUGGUAUUCAAGGUUGUCUUUUGUUGUACAUUAUUGGAAUGUUCAUCUUCACUGCUUAUCGAAUUCGCCAAAAACUCAAGGCCAGCAGGAACAUUGCACAGAAAUCGAAUAUUGUUAAGCGUCAUAAAUUUGUCAUAUUGCUCAAGCUGUCAACCACUACAGCCUUAAGUUAUUGGUUUCCUCUCUUCAUAUCUAGAAUCGUGGAUUUUGAUUUCGACAUAAAGAUAGCGUUGUAUACUGUAACGUUGCUUACUGGUGCCUACAUUGGUAUUGCGUUUGUCUUCACACGAAGAAAUUAUCAGUUGUUCAAGAAAAAAUAUUUCCCAGCAAAGAAUAAGCCGCCAGUUAACGAAAUUCCGCUGGAUAGACUAUAG